UAUUAAUAACAUGCUAAAAAGAUAUUGUAUGAAUACGUUCUUCAGAGGUAGAGCAGUGUACUGGAACAUAGUCAUGAGUGACUGAUGUAUAUGUCUUUGGUUCCUAUAGUAAAUGGGUUGUCGUAAUCAGAAUUGGCAUUAGGGCCAGAAUUAGUAGCGAUACAUGUAUUCUUCCCGAAAUAUAGCAAACAUAAAAGUUUCUUUAGAAUUUAUUUGUAAAUUGGCCAGUUCAGUCCGUAUUUUAUUGUAGUGUGUGCGAAUGCACCUUUAAAUUCAGUAUUUAUGUACGAUGUCGUUCGUUGUGAACUCAAGAGUUGACGUAAUAACUGUAAGAUGUGCUGAUUUCAUUCGGAAUUAAAGACGUCCUUAUUAUAUUUUGUUGCAUGUUGUGACAUCUGAAGUGACAGGAUCCUGGGCUACGUUUUGGGUAUAUUGGCGUUUCAGACGCGUGCGCGGUGUUACAGUUGGGGGUGGGAGGACAGAAUAGGGCGAAAUAGUAUUUGGUUGGUCUCGUUCUUAGAACACCGUGUGAUAUCAGAAGUGUCUUCUCGCUGAGUUGCUUCUUGUGACUGAAAGUACGAAGUAUGGAUGGGAAACCUCUGACUCCCGAGAAAGGAACAUCAGUGCAUCGCACACGAUGCUUCUUCCAUUAUGUGAAGAUCCGCUAUGUAUUUGCCGUACUCGGUUUCAUACUUAUGGCUAUCGUGUAUGGGCUGAAGGUAAACCUGAGUGUAGCCAUUGUUGGCAUGAGGAACCAUACUGCAGAGAAAUCUGGCCCAAUAAAUAUAACACAAUCUGAUUGCCCUAGUGAUGUGCAAGAUGACACAGCUAGUAAGGAUGGUCCUUUUGAGUGGGGUGAAGAAGUAAACGGUGUCAUCUUAAGCUCUUACUUCUUUGGUUACUUGGUGAGCCAGGUACCUGGUGGGCGUGCAGCAGAAGUAUUCAGUGCAAAAUGGAUCCUGUUUGCUUCAGUAGCUCUCAACAUCAUUCCCACACUUCUCACUCCUCCAGCUGUAAUGAUACAUUGGUCGGUUCUGGUUGCAAUGAGAAUAAUUGAAGGAGUUGGUGGUGGAUUUUCAUUUCCAGCAUUGCAUGUAAUGAUUUCCAGAUGGGCACCAGUUGAAGAACGCAGUCUGAUAUCUUCAAUAAUUUAUGCAGGCACUGCCAUUGGUACUGUGCUUUCCCUUCUCUUCACUGGACUUAUAGUGGAUUAUAUUAACUGGGAAGCGGCAUUCUACAUCAUGGGAGGUUUGUCCAGCAUCUGGUGUUUGCUGUGGUGGCUGCUAAUGACAGACAGCCCACGAACAAACCCAUAUAUCUCAGAUGAAGAACGAGAUUAUAUCACCAGUUCUCUUGGUGAAGAUAAGGAAGAAGUAACACCAAAGAAACUAUCAGUGCCAUGGAAACAUGUGUGGACUUCAUCUCCUUUCUAUGCCAUCCUGUUUUCUCACAUGUUCAGCAAUUUUGGAUGGUACAUGCUUCUAAUAGAGACACCUAUUUACUAUGAUCAAGUCCUCAGACUCUCCAUGAACCAGAUUACCAUCUAUUCUUCAUUACCAUUUUUUACAUUGUGGCUGUUCUCACUGGCACUAAGUGCAUGUCAGAGUAAACUGAUUAGAAAGAAGAUAUUAACUGUUACAGCAGCCAGGAAAAUUGCUACAUUUUUGGCAUCUGCAUUACCAGCUCUAUGCCUUGUGGCUGUAAACUUUUUACAUUGUGAGAUGGGCUUAAUUUUUGCAUUCAUGGCUGUGGGCACAACCUUAAUGGGUGGCAUGUUUUCUGGAUUUCUUAGCAAUCACAUUGACAUUGCUCCUCGAUUUGCAGGAACUCUGAUGGGAAUCACAAAUACUGUCGCCACUAUACCAGGAAUUGUUGUACCAAUCAUUGUUGGACAGCUCACCAAAACAAAUCACACAAGAGAGCAGUGGGGUAUCAUCCUUAACUCUGCAGCAGCAUUCCUGAUUGUAGAAUCAGUGGUAUACACAGUGUUUGGUAGUGGGCAAGAGCAACCCUGGAACAAUCCGAAUGUUGCCAUUAUUUCUAAAGAUGUGGAACAAAAGGAGGCAACUGAAGAUGAGGAUGAGGACACAAAAAUGUAAUGAUGCCUGUUGUUGACUUAUUCUCUGUAUAAAGUAUGUUUAUUUAUUUUUUUUUAUAUUCACUGACUAGAUAAUUGGCAUGUAUUUCAAGAAAUGUUAAAAUGUAUUCAAAACAGUUUUAGAACAUAAUUUACAAAAAUAACCAGUGUGAAUGUAUGAGAGAGUUAGGAAUAAAGAUGGCUCUCCUUCAACAUUUCCAGUCAUCCUUCAUCCUACUUCUUUCAAUAAUUUUGUGUGGUUGAGUUUUAUUAAAGUGGAAAGAUCUGCACAAAUGGGUGAAUGGAAGAGAGAAUAGAAUUUUAGCAUUUACAGCAUGAGUUUGAAGGUUUCACCUAGCAGGUUAUCUGUAUCAUUUGACCACAGAAUUACAAAACUUUGACUAGUUAGUCCUGUCAUUUUAUACUGCUGUCCAUACGUGUUUUCAGUAAGAUGAAAUUCUCAGUUUCUAAGAUAAUAUACAGAUGUUGUGUUGCAGUUUGAUAGUAGUUCAAAAAGACAUACUUUUAGUAACUAGAUAAUUAUGUAGGUUUUAACCAAUUUAGCCUGCCUCCUUUUGUUAUCAAAAUAUAUUGGAAUAAUUCAGUCAGUAAAGAGACUGGGUAUCAGUUCCUGGUAUGGAUAGGAUUUUUUGUCUUUUCCAUCACUUUCAGAUUGAUUCUGGGGCCUACCCAGCCUCUUAUUCAUGGCACUGGGAACUCUGACUACAGGGUAAAGCAACCCAAUUUGAAGCUGAGCACUUAUAGCUAGUGUUAAGGUGAAGAAUAUAUGGAGUUGUCCACUCCCUAUCUUGUUUUAAUAGCAUGGUGCUGAAGCACAGGUGACAUUUUUAUCAUCAAGAUUGAGUAUUCUGACUGUGGUGAGUAUGACAUUUGCAAUUUUCAUGUCCUGCAAAAUCUACCAAUUCAUAUUCAACCAUUUUGUAAUUCCAAAUUACAGCAAAUAAGGUAUUACUCUAUGGAAAAAAACUAAAGCCCUCAUCAGAAGCCAGAAUAUUGUUUACUUUCUUAGAUUUCUCCCAUUCUUCAUUGAGGGUGGAUUACAAAAUGUACGCAGAGGUAUCACAUUUGGCUCUCACGGUUAAUUUGCUCCUUAAUACAUCUUGGUAUUUCACUUUACUAAAUAUAAUACAUUAUACCACUGCAGUGGUAAAUGUUUCAGUCUGGCUAGUAGUAGGCUGGCUUACUACUAAAAUUAUAGGAAUAUAAAACAUGUUUUCUCUUAUUCACUGAAUGGUCUAAUGCUUUGCUUGGAAUCAGGUGUAAGACUAUGCACUGUGUAUGUAGCUUAUACGCCACAGAAUAUCUUCAUGUAUGCCAGACUAGGGAAGCAAGUUGAUUCACUGUUCAGUUAGUGGUCACAAAAUAGUAAUUUCAUACAAGCACUGAUGUGAACAGGAGAGAGAGAACAAUUCUGUUUUACUGCAAGGUCAUGACUGGAUUUUAGACUAGAAUUUGCCACUACCAUUACAGGCCUAUUCUAACAACAGAUUUGUAUUAUUACAGUUUUUCCAAAGAAUAGCAACUUUUUAUCCAGUUCAGCAGCAGUUUAAUUGCACAGUGAUGUUAAACAUAUAUAAAGGACUAAAGGUGAGAAGUAGCUUAAGAAUUUGGGAAGAAACUGAUAUUUUUCCAGGUUUGCAUGCUGUAUGUACCACCUGCAUGCACUGUCAAAGAUGUGUAUGGUGCAAAGCUGAAAAUCUCAGAACAUUAAGUAUACACCUGUAUAUUAUCACCUCUUUAUUUUCUGUCAGUGGUGAAAUUUCUUUCACUGAUAUAAUGGUCUUGUGAAGAUGUAAAUUGUGAUAUUUUCUUUAAAUAUCAUCUGCCACAUUUCUUAGAUAUAAAUUUUCUCGACACCUUCAAUAUGUAUUUAUUUUGUCAGGUCUCCGUAUUCUUAAAACUUUGCAUACCAUGUAGUUUGUUUGUUUAUUUUAUAGUUCUCUGUAUGUGUUUGACACGCAUAAAAGUAAAGCUUGCUUUUGUGCAUA